GACUCCGGUGAAUAGAACCAAAGAGAGUUGGAAAGAACAAAGAGAGCAGCAUCCACCGCCAGAGCAGCUCGAGCCGUGCUACCAGGGGUGCCUCCAUCGAGUUUAGACGACGCAACCAAAGCAAGAGCAAGAGCCACCGGCAUAAUGACAUCCACGGACAACCGCUCGUACUCCAAGCGGUUUCGCGACAUCGCCGCCCUCUUUGAUCUAGCAGACGGAGAGUCGGAAGUGACGGCCACCACCUCCUUCCACAACCGAACGACGAAUGCGCCUUUCGGCGUUGGCAGCAACAGCAACGGCAAUUCCUAUUCCUUCUGGGACAAACUCCAGCAGCAAUUCGGGGCCGACCACCAGCAGCACCAGCAACGGCAACAGCUCGACGUAUACCAAGAAGAAGAAGAACCGGCACCACGGCCGACCCUCUCCAAAUCGUCCCGCGAGCUCGCCUCGUUCUUCGAAAAGAAACAAGAGGGACCCCACAGAAGCAUACGGGCGGUCGAUACCAACGCGGCACUGGACGGGGACGACCACGACGACGACGAAUACCAACACGAACUCGACGACGAGGACGAGGACCUGGACUACGAGUCCCAAAUCAUAGAACGAGACCACGAUCUCAGCUGCAGCUUUGACUACCAGUACGGGUUCCACUCCGGAGAAGAAGACGAGGCCUCCCUCCCUUUUUCCAGCGCGGAGCUCUCCACCGAAGCCGAGACGGGACGGCACUGGGGGCGCACCACCUCGGGAUCGAACAGCCUCUACCACAGCCGCAGGAACAGGGCCCGGGGGCUCUUGUUUCGACAGCAGCUCCACGAGGAACGCGGCAGGCUCGGGAAGCUCCGGGAGACGACGUCCACCACCAGCGUCCUGGAGCAGAAACUGAGGAUGCACCAACCCAAGGAACUCGUCCUCAACACGACGGAUUCGACCGACAGCUGCACCCUUUCGAGAACCACCGGGGGCAGCCAGAGCCAGAGGACGGGGACGGGGACCCCGCAGCGGGCCAACAGUACCAGCUGCAGCACUAGCAGCAGCAACAGUACCAGCAACAGUACCAGCAACAGCAACAGCCACCACGGCGAAGCGGACCGGGAACUCGCGGACCGAAACCUUAGCUACGAGCUUCCCUCCCCGAUCCAUUCCUGCAGCACCCAGAGCACCCCGCAAAACCACCACCGUCCGCACUACUACGAAAACGACGACGAUACGGACAUGAAUAUCGACGUGGACAUGCCGGACGACGAACUGCGGGACGAGCUGCUCUCGAGGUCUUCAUCCUUUUCCUCCGCUCUGCCACCGCCACCGGAGAACGACAGCGACGAGCAGGAGACGGAAGGCGUUCCUUCCUGGAAGCUCAGGCAGCGAGAAAAGAUGCAGGAGCGCAUGGAAGAGCUGGAAUUCCUGGCGUCUCCCAGCCUGGAGGCAAGCCGGGGCGUUUGCUCGGAAGGACAGCCUCCAAGCAGCCCGGUGGCACCGGAAGACGCCACCGAUGUUCCGGUCCCCGCCACGCCGCCACGUGUCGGGAGACAGUCCUUCGACGGGAGUGGGAGCGACCGGGACGAGGAGGAAGCCUCCCCCGACCGAGACGAAGGCAGCUGGAGGGCCCGGCAGUUCCGGCGCACCUUUCGGCACCGGGCGGGCAUGAGACGCCGGAACUGGGAAAACCCGAACGCGACGGUGGACGCGAGUUCGAGCGUUGCGGAGGAAUACGCCUCGGAUGGCGAGAGCCAGGGCAGCGAACCGGAGCCGGACGUCGGUCCCACCGAACCGGAAACCCCAAGCCGUUCGGAGGAGGAAGAAGAAGAAGACCUUGCCGUGGCAGAAUCUCCGCGGCGGCGGCAGCCCGACUGCAUCGACACCGGGUCGCCCUCGUCGGUCCAGUUGCUCCGGAGCCGAUUCGAGUCUCCCCUGCGCCGGGGCACCGGCGCAAUGGAAACCAGCCUGGUCGAUUGCAUGUCGCCAUCGUCGUCAACGACGUCGUCGGCGGCCACGCCCGUGACCAAGGCCAAGGUCGUUAUGGACGCUUCCAAGCUCCACGAGCGGCGGCAGAACCACCGGGUGGUGGCCUACCCCUGCCUGAAAAAGACGGGCAGCAGCGACCACAACCACAACCACAACCGAUCGAUGGAAUCCGACCGGGGCGAGGCAAACGAGGAAGACACCGAUGCCGAACCACCACAAACUGCCGAGACCGAGCCGUCUCCGCCCGCGGAAUGGUGGACCGAAAUGGAGGAACGGGUCGAACGAUACCAGCGCAGCGUGCUGGCGAGACACGAACGCAGGAACACCGGGGAGAGCAAAGGCGAAGACGCAGACGCCGUCCUCUUGCGGCAAUCCUUUGAGGAAUUCGCCAGCGGCCAAAACCAGCUGGGGCGGUCCAUGGCCGUGGCCCUGUUCCGGGGAAUACAGAUUGCCAGCGACCUAGGAAGGGGACCGGAAGAAAGCCCGCGAAACGAGGCCCACGCACGGGAACUGCAGGCCCUGAAAGAGGCACACGCGAAGGAACUCCGGGAACUGAAAGAACAGCUCGACUCUGCGAACACUAUCUCCACCGCUUCGGCUAGCAACAACAGCAGCAACAACAAUUCUGCAAACACGGCCAGUCGCAACGAAGCCUUCCGGCAGCGGUGGAAGAACCGUAUGAACAACAACAACAACACCAUCCAAAACAAUGCCCACACCCMCACGGUGGCGUUUUCUGGAGACACGAACCACGAGACCAACGACGACUAUCGGGCCACCGAGGUCGCCUCGACCGUGGUGAGCACCAUGAGCUGCCGGGAACUCAGCGUAGCUCGGUACCGAGCGAGGCUGCUGGAACAAAUGAACCGGGGCAGGGGAACCCUUGUGGCAACCGGUGCGGGUGCGACGAGGCGGGAAGAUUCCGGAGUGGACGGCACGAACGGGGGGAGUGCCGAAAGCCGGGACGGCAACGACGCCGAGGAGAUCCAGCGACUGCUGGACGAACUCCAGCAGGCGGAGCGCCGCCAAAAACUCCUCGAGAAGCAGCUCCAGCAGGCCGGGGUGGUCCUGGCGGAAGACAUUCCGUACCAGCUGGCCAAGGACAAGGUCGCGUCCAUCAGCAAGAGAAUGAACGAGAUUGGAUCCAGCGGGGUCGUCCAUUCCGAUCCGUUGGUACAGAAGCAGCUCCGGGAAGAAUACUUUCGGCUGGAGAAGGACAUGCAGAAGUACAUCUCGGCGCUGAUGCUCACGGACGAAUACGCCGAGGAGCGCCGCAGCGAGGAAGAGGCGUGGGAGGCCCGCAACAAGGUCGCCAACCAGAAGGCCCUGGAAACCAUCCGCAGAAGCAUGCCGGUAGACGUCCGCAGGCUGACCCCGUCCCAGCUCGAGGACGACUACGGGCUGCCCGGUGACCUCGUCAAGCGCUUCCGCCGGAUCAACGUGCUGCAGCUGCUGCGGGUCGAUCCGGCCAUCGUGGCCAAGUGGCACCCCUCCUCGGUCGAGGCGCUGAGGGUGACGGGGCUCACCAUUACCGAGCGCCGGGCCCUCCACUGCUACCUCUCGCCGGUCGUCUGCAAGUGGAACGGGAGCGAGACGCCGGUGGUGGCGGCCGGGAACACCGGGACCGAUGCCAUGACCCAGCGAAAGCUGGCCUGGUUUGGUGCCCUCCGGACCAACUUCAAGGAGGCACUCGGCGAGUACGAACGCCACCUCUCCCAGCGGCCCGGCCCGGGAUCCUGCGCCUCGAAGACGUGCGGGUUGAUGGGCAACCGGUGCCCGGUCCGGGCCAACGCGGCGGUGAAGUACCCCGACCUGGGGCAUCCCUCCCACGGAGCCUACGAGGCCCCCUUUGAUCUCGUGGCCGGCGGCGGGGACCAAAAGUCGCCGGCGGAGGUCAUUGCGGAGUCCCGCAGGAGCGGACCGACCGUGGUCGAGGGGGCACCCAAGGCCAGAACGCUUGUGCCCGCCCCGGCGAGGAAGGCGUUCGUGCCGAAGCGCGACGAACCGCCGAGGCGUCCGGUCGUGCCCAAGGCGGCCUCGGCCCCGAGCGGCCUGCUGGCGGCCAUUGCCGCUCGCCGGAUCGACUGAGCCGGAUCCUAGACGCGGGGGCCGAGAGGGAGGCGGCGGGAGUGGCAGGGGGACGAUACGAUGCCAUGUACAAGAAGAGAUACAAUAAUAUACCAUAAUUUUAUAA